AUGGAAAAAGGAUUUCUUGAUAGCGUGGAGGAUAAUGCGGCUGUCCGAGUGUGGUCCGAGAGAACACAACAAGAGAAAGGAGAUAGUUUGACCGAGGGAUAUGAAUCGGAGCUGUGGGAUUUCAUUCGAAUCCGUGUGGACAAGUACUUGUUCCGGGCCCUCGCACAGUUUUGGAACCCCGCUUAUAGUUGCUUUACCUUCGGAGGAGUCGAUUUAGUACCUACCGUGGAUGAAUACAUGGCGUUACUUAAUUGCCCGAAGAUUCAGGCCAAUAGGGCCUAUUCAAGACCUGUCAACGUCCCUCCCUUUUUAAAGAAAUUGAUGAAUAUCACGGGGAUUAGCGAGCAAUGGGUUGCAGCCCGCAUCAAGCAAAAAGGGGAUAGUAAGUGUAUUCUUUGGAGGAAUUUGAGGGAUUUGAUCCUUGCACACCCGAAUUUGAAGAAAAGGGUUAACGUUUUUGCCUUAAGCCUCUACAGUUUGAUCAUCUUUCCUAAGGCACUCGGACACAUAGAUGAAGCCGUCUCAGAUUUAUUCGAUCGACUUGAUAAAGGUACCACACUCGUCUCGGAUUAUUCUCCAUUAAGAGAAUUAGUGGCCACAUCGAGGCGAGACGACAUCUCAGAAGAUAAAUGGAUAACUAUUCUCCAGAAUUUGAGAGCCGAAGAUGUUGAAUGGAGGGCUCCGUGGUUGAUCCCUGACAAGAUCUUAUAUAGGUGCGGUGAUUUUGACUGGGUCCUUCUGGCUGGAAUAUGGGGAGCCGUUGGAUACGCUCCACUGCUUGUGUUAAGGCAGUAUCGAUCAAGGUAG